AUGGCAACAACCGUGCUUAAUGUGAAUGAAAUUAAAUCGAGAGCUUUAGAAGCUUUUGCAAAUAAAUUUAGGGAGAAUGCGAAUGUUUGUGUGUGCGCACCCGGUCGCGUGAAUUUAAUUGGAGAGCAUACCGAUUACAAUGAAGGUUUUGUUCUACCGAUGGCAUUGCCCAUGGUUACACUCAUAGUUGGAAAACGUAACAAUGUGGAUAAAUGUAAAAUUGUUUCCCUUAGUGAAAUAGUUAGUUCUGAAAAUUAUGUUGAAUUUGAAGUUAGGUCUCAUAAGAGUAUAAAACCAGGAGAACCAAAAUGGGCUAAUUAUGUAAAAGGAUGUAUAGCAAAUUUUAUUUGUGAUGUGCCAUCUUUUAAUGCUGUGAUUGUAUCCUCUGUACCAGUUGGUGCUGGUCUGAGUAGUUCAGCUGCUUUAGAAGUUGCUACUUACACAUUUUUGGAAGCAUUAACUGGUAUAAAAUCAGAAAAGCCAGAGGAUAAAGCUUUAGCAUGUCAACGUGCUGAACAUGAUUUUGCUGGAGUUCCAUGUGGUAUCAUGGAUCAGUUUAUCUCUGUAAUGGGUAAAGAAGGCUAUGCUCUUCUUCUUGAUUGUAAAGAUCUUAGUACUAAACAAAUACCUAUGUCACAAAUGAAUGAUUAUAUCUUUCUAAUUACUAACUCUAAUGCUCCUCAUAAAUUAAGUUCAAGCGCAUAUUGUGAGCGUAGAGAUUGUUGUUAUGAAGCUGCAAAAAGGUUAAAUAAAAAAAGUUUGCGUGAAAUAUCUAUGAGUGAUAUUCAAGCUUUAAAAUCACAGAAUGUACCUGAAGAAAUGAUAAAACGAACUCGUCAUGUAGUAACAGAAAUUCAAAGAACAAUUGAUGCUGCAGAUGCCCUAGAAAAAGGAAAUUUUGAUAAAUUUGGACAGUUAAUGAACGAAAGUCAUGAUUCUUUAAAGAAAGAUUAUGAAGUAUCUUCUGUUGAGCUAGAUACUUUAGUAACAGCAGCAAGAGCAGUAAAUGGUGUCUUAGGAAGUCGUUUAACUGGUGCUGGUUUUGGAGGGUGUACAGUAACAUUAUUGAAAAAAGAUGUAAUUGACGAAGCAAUUAAUCAUAUGAAGGCCAAGUAUUCUGGAAAUGCAACAUUUUAUAUAGCAAGCCCUGCAAUGGGUGCAAGAAUCCUGGAUAUAAAUUAAACAAUAUGAUAAUGGGAAGUAAUUAUUUAGUUUUAACUGAUAAAAAGUCAUGUUAUUGGAGAAAUCUAAUUAAAAAGAUUUAUAAUUUAUUUUCAUAAUUAUAUUAAACAGGCUUGUUUAAUUUUAGAAAAAAAUGAUGUAUUGUUAGAAAAAUAUGUAUACCUACUAGUGGUUUUAUUGAAAUUUUGAUUUUUAUGGGAUAUUAUCUAAAACUUAGAAUAAUGUGCCUGAAACAUUUUUUAAUAUUUGUUAAUAUUUUUUGAAAUGAUAUGAAGUAUUAACAUAUGUUAAAUGUAGUAAGGAGUAAUUUUUAAAUAGCAUGUACAAAUAAUGCGUCUGUAUAAAAAGUCAUGUAAAAUACUAUUGACAGUUUACGUGAAUUUGCGUCAAUGUAUUCAUUUAUGUUUGUAUAUGCACAGGUUCACGAAUGUAUUCAAACAUUUGUAGAGAUCUUUUGUAAAUAUAUUAUGUGUGUUAUAUGAAACAUUUUGAAAUUUCAUUAGCAUUGUUGCUCUGAGACUUAAUUAUACUCUAAAAGAUAUUCAGAACAUUCUACAAGAUGUAUAUGAUCUACAAGAUAUGUAUAUAUACAUAUAUAUGUUUGUAAUAAAUAUCUCGUUGAUAAAAUUCCAAAAUUUCGUAUAUAACACGCAUAAUAUGGGCAUAAAGGAUUUCUCUGAUAAAUGUUCAAAUAUUUUCGUGAGCCAAUGUAUAUUUUAUAAUCCUACUUAUAAUCUGACCCUUUUGGCACAAUAUCGAUGUAGUAUAUAUAAUCUUUUCAUAUAUUUUCUUGUAAAUUUUAAAUUAUUUUAAAAUUAUUUUAUAUUACUAAUGUGUAUCAUAUGUAUUUUUAAGAAAACAGAAUUUUCGUUUUGUAAUGCAGAAGUACUUAUGUACGUGAAAUAUCGUCGUAUAGUAUAGCAUUGUGUCGAAAGGGUUAAUUGUUACAUAUUAAAAUAUGUAAUUGUUACAAAGUAACAAUUAAUUAUAAAAUAAGAUUGUUGCUCUUUAUCAUAAUAUUGUCUAACAUAUUGACCAUCUUCGUCUUAAUAUAAUACUGAUACAUAUAAACUAAAGAAAGAGUACUUCCGGGACGGAAUUUAUAGAAGUCUAAAUAUUGUCAGUAUCUGUUCAUAGAAGCCGACGAAAUAUUUGAAAAUUCUGGAAAUAAAUAAAAGUUUUAUAUAAAUCAUA